UUGUUCCAUCAACAGAAAAUGUAUGUUAUAUUUGGUUAAAUUGAUGAUAAUAAUGGCUAUCAAACAAACAACAGAUGAAGAACCGGUAAAUUAUGUUCAAUUAGAUUUUGGUAAUCAUCGUCAAACCAAUCACACUAAUCAUAAUCCACCGAUAUCUGUAAUAUCACCUCCUCCACGACUUAGUCGCUAUGAACAGCAAAAGCAACAAAUUGAUAAAUAUUUCGUUCGGACUACAGUCGAACAACCAUCAUCAACAUCAUCAAUAGUCAAUAAUCCUGAUCCUUUGACAAAAAUUCGUCAAGCGAAUUGCCGAACAAAUGAAGAUCCAAGAGAUUUUGCAACCUUUCUUUGCAUAUUUGCAUCGAUAAUGACAACCGUUUUGGUAUUAAUGUUUUAUAUUGUUGGUGAAACUGCAUUUCGUUUGAUACUUAUGGUCAUUUCAUUUGUUUCCAUAUUGACAUUAUGUUUGGCCUGUUUUUUUCGUCGUCCAACGUUAAUCAUUAUUGGUAAUCAUGAUAUUGUUCAUGGUUUUGGUGACAAUCUAAAUCAACGAUCUAUCAAUUCUCAACCAUAUCUAUUGAUUUCUCCAACAAUUUUUGGUAAAAAUUAUUCUCAUCCAACAUCCAAUAGCCAACAGCUUUGAAUCAUAAUCAAACAGAAUAAGUUGUUAAGUGUAGCAGCUGGCAGUUGGUCUUUUUUUGUUUUGUUUUUUUGUCAAUAAUGUCAA